CCCGCUUCCAGUAAGAGGUCAAGGUAAAACAGAAAAAAGGAAGAUGGCAAGAAUAUUGUUACUUUUCCUCCCGGGUCUUGUGGCUGUGUGUGCUGUGCAUGGAAUAUUUAUGGACCGUCUAGCUUCCAAGAAGCUCUGUGCAGAUGAUGAGUGUGUCUAUACUAUUUCUCUGGCUAGAGCUCAAGAAGAUUAUAAUGCCCCGGACUGUAGAUUCAUUAAUGUUAAAAAAGGGCAGCAGAUCUAUGUGUACUCAAAGCUGGUAAAAGAAAACGAAGCUGGAGAAUUUUGGGCUGGCAGUGUUUAUGGCGAUGGCCAGGAUGAGAUGGGAGUCGUGGGUUAUUUCCCCAGCAACUUGGUCAAGGAGCAGCGUGUGUACCAGGAAGCUACCAAGGAAGUUCCCACCACGGAUAUUGACUUCUUCUGCGAGUAAUACAUUGGUUAAAACUGCAAAUAGAAAGAAAACACCAAAAAUAAAGAAAAGAGCAAAAGUGACCAAAAAAUGCAUGUCUGUAAUUUCUGACUGACAUUUUAAGGAUCUGUUACCUUAUAGAAGAGCGAGGGCUUAGGGGUUGGAGGUGGCAGAUAAAAGAGGAUUUUCAACUCAAAACUUGUUUCCUGCUGGCCUGGUCUUCCCACGAGCUAGAGCGGGGAAAUGUUGAGCUCAAAUGAGUAAAUUGAGACCAGAAAAUUAUUUUUUCAACCUAGAGAAUCUCCUCUUACAGGGGGAUGCAUAUAAAAGAUCAUGUAUGUGUAGUUAUUUCUAAGUAGUGAUUCUUCCCAGCUCUUUGAUUUCCCGUAUAUAAAAUAGGUGGGUCAUAGGUGGGUCAUGUUCCCUUUAGACAUGACAUUUUCUACUCAUUUGUCUUUCUGGCCAAUUGGAUUAUUAAUAAAGGGGCUGUUUUUCCAAGGAG